AUGAUUGUCCUCAAGAGGGUGGGAGUUCCGAUCCCUUUAUUUGAAGCGGGGUUGCGCCUGCCGACAUCUGAUUUAUUCAACAUGAUUGUGGAUCACUAUGGCUUUUUCGUUGAUGAGUUAACCCCAUGCGCUGUUAAUAAGAUCGAAGAUUUCGUUCUUGCCGUGGCCGGUAUGAGUGUCGCCUGGAGAGCUCGUGGGAAGAUGGCGCAGUUAUACGUCGUGAGACGCGGUGCUGAAGCUGAGAUUUCUUUGGAGAUGGUCAUGCGCGGUCACUACCGGGGUAAGCUUUAUCACAGGGAGAUUGAUCUUGCACUGGCUCUUCCCCCUUAUGUGUCUGAAAGACGCAUGAGAGAUUUCACUGGAUUCUUCUCAGCAGAAGGAAGAAAUACUGGUUCUAGCGGGCCUGCUUCACCUUCCCAAUCAACGAUUGGGGUUGUUUCUCCGGUUCGUUUGCCGGUUCCAGCUUCUUCCUCCUUCCAUGCGGGGUACAAGUAG